AUGUUGGGAAACUGUUUCGGCAGUGAUGUUCUAAAGAAAACAACCGUUUACGAGUGGCAUGAACGCUUCAGAAGUGGUCGUGAAUCCGUAGAGGAUAACGAACGCAGUGGCAGGCCGUCGACAUCGAAAACCGACGAAAACAUCAAUAAAGUGAGAGAAAUGUUGGCCAAUAACCGCAAAUUAACUAUCAGAGAGCUGGCAGAGGACUUAAACAUUACUUAUGGAUCCGUUCAGGACAUUGUAGUUAAUGAUUUGGGUUUGCGCCGUGUUGCUGCAAAGUUGGUCCCGAAGGAACUGAAUUUCAUGCAAAAAAGGGACCGCGUUGACAUCGCCAAAGACAUGAUUUCCAAGACUGAAUCCGACCCAACAUUCAUCAAAUGCAUCAUUACUGGAGACGAGACGUGGGUUUAUGAGUACGACACGCAAUCCAGACAUCAGGCGAGUGAAUGGAGAGCUCCAAAUGAGCCAAGACCAAAAAAACCACGUCGUUUUCAGUCGAAAAAGAAAACGAUGCUCACGGUUUUCAUGGAUUACAACGAUGAAUUUCUGCGUCGAUUCAUUACUGUGAACGAAACCAUUACUGGAUCCAUUACUUCACAUCCGAGACAAAAGAACAGUCAAAAUAAUGGACUUCAUCAAAUGAACCAGCUCCGAAGAAGGCGAAGGCCGUAA